AUGGCGCGUCUCGCCUCGGCGUAUCAAGUGGGAGACUACGUGCCGCUGGCCAGGAAAGGCCAGUUUAACAAUAUGCGGACGCACUGGCACGACGCCAUUGGACGGCACUGCCCGCGAUUCGGCAUCAACCGAGAGGUGGCUCUGCCCAUUCCGCGGCCUGUGGGGUUCGAGAUGGCAGAGCACUCGUAUAAGAUGUCUCUGUCAGUGGGCAAUGAGAAGUUUGUGACGCCAUGGCUGCUUGUGAUUGGUCGGAAGAGCCAGAACGUGCCACUCAUUGAAGUCACCCUGACCCACUUCGCAGGCGAUUUGAGGGGAGUGCAGGCGAAGGUGCACAACUUACCACAUGAAUAUCUGGAGCGGCAUCGACAGCUGGCUCUGGAGUUCAGAAACGAGUCGCACUGGCCUAAACACGUGCUCAUGCGCUACACAUGGAACGAGUAUGCAGAGGUAGACGUCACAGCAGGUCUCCUCGUGCUCUUUGCCUCAACCUUCAUCCUCACGACGUUUCUUGCGGUCUACAUUCUCCAGUCGUCCAAAGACAAGCUCGCCAAGUUCAUGAACGAGCAGAUGGCAGAGAGCGCUGCUGCGGUGCCAGGAGGAGGGGAGGUUGCCAAGGUAGCAGGUCUCCCCGGGGUGACCGAGCAGUGGUUUGAGAAACGCAAGGAGGCCGUAGCAGCAGCCGCCGCCGCCGUCUCAGGGGGGAAGCGCGGCGCGGUCGCAGCGGCGACAGCAGCGGCGGCGGCGGCAGCCGCAGCUACAGCCGCUGCGGGGGACAUCGCAGCAGGGGGGGAUGUGGGCGGAGGUGCGUCGGGGGGGGUUCCGCCAGGGGGAGGAGCGCCAAUAGCAGCUGGCGGGUGGUUGAUAUACGAAUGCGUGGUUUGCAGUAAGAAGUACAAUAGCGAAUCAGCUCAUGCGAGUCACUUGCGGUCCAAGCUACACGCCUCCAAGGCUGCUGCUGCUGUGGCGGCCGCGCGAGCAGGUGCAACUGGGGCAGGUAUUAUCGGGGCAGGGGUUCAGGGUUCAGGGGUUUUGGACCCUUCCAGGCCUGUGAUUCGGAGGGUUGAGGCGAAACCGGUGGUGGUGGCGCAGAGAGAAACGGGCGUCGGGGUUAAGGAUAAAGGGAAGGGGGUGGUGGAAGAGGAGGAGAAGGAGGAGGAGGAGGAAGAGGAGGAGUGGGAAGAGGUGGAUGAAGAGGAGGCUGCUGCGUUGUUGGCAGAGGGAGGGGAGGAGAUAGACGAGGGAGAAGAGGGAGAGGAGGGAGGGGAGGAGGGAGAAGGAAGCAAGGGGGGAGAAGGGAAGGAAGGGGAGGAGGGGGAGGUGAAGGGCAAAGGAGAGGGAGAGGGAGUAGGGGAGUGGGACGUAUCCCAGUGCUUUUUCUGCGACAAGAAGAGCAAGGGUGGGGUGGACGAGUGUGUGGAGCACAUGCACAGGCACCACGGGUUCUUCAUCCCCGAUAUGGAGUUCCUCACGGAUCUGCAAGGGAUGCUACAGUACCUGGCGGCGAAAGUGACCCAGGGGCGCAUGUGCCUGUGGUGUGACGAUAGAAGCAAGCAGUUCAGCUCGGUAGAGGCUGUGAGGGCACAUAUGGAGGCGAAGAGCCAUGCUAAGCUGCCGUAUGGGGAUGGCUCUGGGGUUGCGGAGGAAGAACUUGAAGAUUUCUACGACUUCAGUACCAGUUACGAGGAAGGCACGAGCCGCGAGCUUAUUGUGGCCGACAACGACCGUCCGCAUGUGGCGCUCACCAGCGGGGGAAUGGAGCUCAUAAUCUUCAACGCAGCAGCAGGAAAGGGGAGCAGGGGCGCGGAUAAGGGUGCAUGCGGCACGAAGCGCGUGAUUGGCUCGCGGGACCUCGCGAGAUAUUAUCGCCAGAAACUGAAACCGACGGGAGACAGCAACACGCGCCUCGUGGCAUCGGUGCUCGCCAGGUAUCGAGCCAUGGGGCUGGCAACACGGCAGAGCAGAAGCAACAGCUGA